UUUAAGCACAUGAUCUUAUCAAUGGCGCUUCCAUCGGGGUUUCGCGAGAGACUGGAACAAAUGGAGGAGACCAGAAACCAACGCCUCUCUCUCCUUCAGGUCGCUCCUUUAAAAAAAUUUAGGCAUCUAGAGUUUCUAUCGAAAAAUGCAAACUUAGAAUCGGUGAUUAGUGAUCAUACAGGCAGAGAAAGAGUUACAGACGACCAAGUCCGAGUUAUUGGCCGCAAGGCUCUCCAACAUCAAAUUCGCAGAACGGCGCUGCUUUAAUCUCGAGCGUAAAAUUGCUUCUCAGCAAUUAUUUAUAUCAUUUCUCAAAUCCGAAAACGACCGUCUAGACACCGAGUAUCUCCGCGCUCUUCAGGAUGUCAGAUAUUUGAAGAAUGAGGUGGAGGAUCUGGGGGAACUAGAGAAAGAAAAGGAAAAAUAUUACACUUCCGAAAAUGGGGAGAUGAAUGAAUUCAUGGAGCAUUUGGAAAACUUUGUGGUUGAAUUGCAAGUGCAAGUAGAGGAGCUGAGAAGUUACACCAAUCAGGUCAGUAUGUUCUGCUUCGUGGCCUAUAUCUGUUUACUUCAUUUUAUCAAUUUAACUCUCUUGCUGAACAAUGGUUAUGCAUUCAGCAAUUCCUGAUGUCUGUUUUCUUUGUCAUGUUUGGAUAGGAAUUGAUUACAAACUGGACUAAUACAUCGUAUAAUUGUACUCUGUAUUAUAUAUUUCAAUGUUUGUUUCAGGUUUAAUUUUACCCCCCUCAUAAACCUCUCCAUUGAUAAUUAUGUUGUCUAUUUGAGGUCUGUGCAUAUUAAUUUUUUUGUUUUUCAUUGUUUUACUUUUAGCCCCUAAUCCUCUCUCUAGCAACCCUUGCUUAGACGAAAUCAACUUGACUGGCAUGAUUUUUGUAUAUGGUGUUCAUGCCAUUUUAUUGACAAGAUAUAUCUGUCGUUCUCAUGGAAUACUUCUUUUUAAAAAGUACGUAAAUUAUGGAACCAUGUUUCAGCUGAAGUCAACUUUUUCUGAAUUGCAAGGCAACUCUAAUCAUUCAAAUAACUCCGUGAUUGCGGCUGCCGAGAGACGAAAGUCAGAGCUCCUUGCUGUCAAACAGAAUCUGGAGAGAGAUCUGUCUAUGAAGCACCAAUUAAGAGAGCAAUUGAGAAGGCAACUUGUAAAUCUGUUGAUCAACCAGAAGCCUGCAUAGAAGCAGUAGAUUCAUGUGUAUAGGAAAGCCCAUACACUUCCUGAUGUCCAAUUGUUAUAUGCCGGUUCCUUUGGUAUACAGACUUCAUUACCGUGCAUUUGGUAAGGGUCUCAUAUUGAGCAAUGAGCAUCUUAAUUUUUAAAGGUACAAAUGGAGUGAUUUACGGGGU